AUGUCAGGAUCAGCUGGAUUUGAUAGACACAUUACUAUUUUCUCCCCGGAGGGAAGGUUAUACCAAGUUGAAUACGCCUUCAAGGCCAUCAAUUCAUCCAACAUCACUUCAAUUGGAGUCACGGGACAAGAUUCAGCAGUUAUCAUAUCGCAAAAGAAGAUUCCUGACAAGUUAUUAGAUGCAAAGACUAUAUCUUAUAUUUUUAAAAUCACUCCUAGCAUAGGUAUGGUUGCCACUGGAUCAAUAGCUGAUGCCAGGGCACAAGCAAUGAGAGCACGUAGCGAGGCUACUGAGUUCAGAUACAAGUAUGGUUACGAAAUGCCAGUUGAAAGUUUAAGCAAAAGAAUGGCCAAUUUGUCUCAGUUGUAUACUCAGAGAGCAUAUAUGAGGCCAUUGGGUGUAGCGUUGACUUUUGUUCAGGUUGAUUUUGAAGAUGAAGGCAGAGGACCACAGGUUUUCAAGUGUGAUCCUGCUGGUUAUUACACCAGCGUCAAGGCAGUAGCCACCGGUCCAAAACAACAAGAAGCAACAACUUAUUUAGAGAAAAAGUUUAAAAAGACCGAUGUCGUAAAGGGCGACUGGAAGGAAACUGUUGAUUUUGCCAUCACUGCAUUAAGUUCAGUGUUGGGAACUGAUUUCAGAAAGAAUGAUAUCGAAAUUGGAGUUGCUACCGAAGGUGAGUUUAGAAUUUUGACACCAGAUGAAAUAGAUGAGAGGCUCGUUGCCAUAGCUGAACAAGAUUGA